GAUAUAUAAACCAAUCUUCUCUUCAUUUAUAAACCCUAGAAAGAAAAGAAAUCUCUCACUUCCGCUCUGUAGGCAAACCUAAUUUCUCUACCGCUCAAGAAAAUUUCCAGCUAACAAAGGUAAAGAUGAAGGUUAUUGGUGCUUACUUGCUUUUAGUUUUGGGUGGAAACACUACACCAACUGCUGAAGAUAUCAAGGAACUCCUUGGAUCAGUUGGAGCUGAAGCUGAUGAUGACAGGAUUCAGCUUCUUCUUUCCCAAGUUAAGGACAAGGACAUCACAGAGCUAAUUGCAAGUGGAAGGGAGAAGUUGGCUGCUGUUCCUUCUGGUGGAGGUGCACCAAUGGCUGUUGCUGCAUCAGGUGGUGGUGCUGCAGCUCCUGCUGCUGCUGAGGCCAAGAAAGAGGAGAAAGUAGAAGACAAAGAAGAAUCCGACGAGGAAAUGGGAUUCAGUCUUUUCGAUGACGAGUAGAUUGAUGGGUUGGUUGCUGCUUUCUGUUCCAAAUGAAACGUAGUUAGAAAUAUUAGUUAUAAAGCUUAAGACUUACUGGACUUCAGCUUUAAUUUUGAACCUAUGUUUAAUUUUUGUUCUCUUCUUCAGUAGGAGGAAGAUGGUAGAGAUUAUUAGUAAAAUAUUGCAGAUUUAGUAAUUCUGGUUUUGAUAAUGCAGUGAUUAUAAUCGAUGCAUAUUCAUAAUCCAUGCACAAAAUUAAACAAAGUUUAUUACUCCCGGUUGUUCAUUUAUUA